GAGGGUGUCAGUAUCAACAAGUCUUUAUUAACUCUCGGGAAAGUCAUUUCGCAUCUUGCAAGCCACGGAACACCAGGACCCUCAGCAUCUAGCUCAACACAGAAAAAAACAUUAUUCGUUCCUUACCGAGAGUCUGUUUUAACAUGGCUAUUGAAAGAAAGUCUUGGAGGGAACUCUCGCACUGCUAUGAUUGCAACCAUCAGCCCCUGUAACAUUCACAUCGAAGAAACAUUGAGUACUCUAAGAUAUGCUAAACAAGCGAGAGAUAUUGUUAAUGUUGCCAGAGUUAAUGAGGAUCCCAAGGCUCGAUUGAUUAGAGAGCUGCAUGCUGAAGUUGAGCGUCUUAGGAGUCAACAAGCACCAUUGAGACCAGAAGAAUAUACAGCAUGUGUGGAUGAGAUAGCUGCGCUAAAGUUAAAACUUCAAGAAUCGCAAAAGCUUCUGGACCAGACAACCAG